AUGGCUGGUGAGAAAUCGACGCCAUGGCCUUCAAUUUGGGCUGCAACGGGCUUCUCGUUCUUCGCUGCAGUACAAUUUAGCAUCUAUUUUGGCUCAACAUACCCAUAUCUGCAAAGUGUAAGGUAACAUUUUCCCUUCUCAAUCCCUACAAAACCUGUUUGUAAGACCCUAGAAAUCCCGCUUUAUCCUUAAAAUCUCCACUUUCAGCUUGACCCACACUCCACGGUAAACUUCUACGGUCUUGUUGUCGCUUCAUACUCUCUUGGACAAACGGUUGGCGCUCCAGCAAUUGGCUGGUGGAGCAGUAGAUUAGACGGUAUAAAGAUCCCAAUUUCUUUAUGCCUUGCGCUCUCGUUUCUUGGCAAUUUGAUCUAUAUUCUGGCCCAGGCAUCGACCGAUUACGCCAAAUACUUUUUGCUGAUUGCCAGAUUUGUGGUUGGGCUGGGAUCUUGUAAGCAAAUUUUGAUGCUUUGUUUUACGGUAGUUGUAAAAUACGGUAUUCGUUUUACUUCUUUAGGUAACAUCAGUAUCCUCAAAGGCUAUGCUGCCAUGGCGUCAAAUUCCAAGGAUCGAGCAAGGGCCAUCGCAUUGCUGACGGGCGGAAUUUCUCUUGGUGCUACGACUGGGCCGUGUAAGUUAAUCUCAAAUUAGUAGCUGGAAAACCUAAAAUCUACUGAAACUACCAAAAUUCUUAGCUCUAGGUUUAUUGGGUCCAGUAAUAAGUUUAUUUUGAACCUGAAUUGACAGCUUUUUGAAGCGUUGUUGGCAGCAAUUUAGCAAGUAUUUAACCCGCGUUUUGUUUAAAAUACGUAUAUCUUAAAUAGCUGUCCUUAACUAGAUUCUCCUUGCAACAUAAUAAGCAAUUUUAGAUUUUAAUAAAGCAUCGUUUCAGUGUUGCAAUCAGCCUUCACUCCGAUUGGAGAGACAGGAUGGAAGAUUGCGGGUCGCGUCCACCUCAGCAUGUACACAUCCCCGGCAUUUGUCGCGUGUGCCGUCAACUUCCUCGGGACAUUGUUCUUAUGGUUCGUAUUCAAAGAAACCUACGCCGGAUUGGCUCCACGAGAGGUCAACAAAAAGGUAAAAUACGCACUCUGCACUUGCCUUCCAUGAAUCUUUGCAGUCAAAAAAGUAGUUUAGAAGGCCAAAGGAGAUGAGAGAAAGGAAGACGUCCCUGGACUGCCAGCUUACGAUAAACCGGCGGUUUUCCUCUGCUGCCUGACCCUAUUUGCUCAACGAUUUACUUUUACAAACAUUGAAACCUUGGCGUCACCGCUGAGUAUUACAAUGUUCUCUUGGAGUAACGAGGAGACUGUGAAAUACAUUGGUUUGGCGCACGGUGCAUUAAGCUUCAUCGCGUUUUUGGUCUAUUUGGCAUUUUUUGUCGGACGACUUGAUAAAUAGUAAGUAAAAGUACUUUUUUAAGCGUUCAAAAAGUCUAACAUCUCCAUCCAAUCAUCGUAUUUUACAGUAUAAAUAACCGAAAUCAGACAAUAGUUGCGUUGGGCGGGCUGAUUAUCUUCCAUUUGGCCACAUUUUCUUGGCCAUUUUUGGGAGGAAGUCUACCCAAAUAUAAUUCAGAUGGUAAGUCAGUCAUUUUUACUUCGCAUUUUUUGCUUUUAGAGUCAAAUUCGACGCAGCCUGGUUGCGAUGUCGCCAAAUACAACUGGUGUGACAGUGUGGCGCCUGUAAAUCCGUGGGUAUUUUAUUUGGCCUACAUUAUUUUUAUUGGAAUAUGCUUCCCAAGUGUCAGCAUCACUCUGAACACACUGUUUUCGAAGAUCAUUGGACCCAGGAACAUGGUAAAAACUAUCGUAUUUUAAAAUGUAUAAAAAAGGAGAUUUCAUAAUAUCAUACUUAUUUUCAGAAUACCGAACAAGGCUUUCUCUACAUGACAGGCGGAAUCGCCCGCCUAAUUGGCCCUCUAGUCAUCAGCGCCCUCUACUCUCAAUUCGGCCCGCAAUACGCUUGGAUUCUGGAGAUCCUUGUGCUAAUCAUCAUCAUUGCCGCAUGGAUUGCAAUGUAUCGUCGAAUGGUCCCACUGAUCGUUCCCUCGGAAGUCUGGAACAGUGUCCGCAGCAAGAAGAGUCGAGCAUCUGUAAUUACAGAGGUCCUGCUUGAAGAAGAGAUCGAGGAAAUGGAGAGGGACCGACGAAGUAGUCGAGUGUUGUCCGUUUCUGGCGAAUAA